AUGCCUGGUUAUUCAAGGACACUUGUAUUUAAGUAUUCAAAUAACUAUAGAUGGGAUAUGAUAUAUAGACAGAAUCCCUUCAAUAAGAGGUAUAAAAACAGUAAAUUAAUUUCUUAAAACUAAAUCUCACCUAACCUAAGAGAUGAUUUUAUUAAAAUAGUAAAUUUGCAUAUCUUAACCAGCUUCCAAAUGAUUAAUAUAGAAAAAAUUUAAGUGUUGUUUUUCAUAAAUUAAUGGCAACCAUUUUUUUAUUUUUUAGAUGCAAUAAGAAAAAGGAUUAAUGUACUGUAAUUUUGGGUUGCAUUUUCAGGAUUUAUAGGUGUAAGGUUUAUAAAUAGGAGCGCAAGUAGGUGUAGAUUCCUUUUUAAAUUUAAAAUAUGCAAAUUCAAAUUUUAAAUGAAGUUCGGAUAAUGCAGACUAGUUAAUGUAUCAAUUAAUAUACACAUAAGAGAUGAAUAAGUUAUUAUUUAAAAUAAUAUGUCUCAGAUUAAAAUCAUCAUAUUUAAAAAAAUGUUCUAAUAUUUAAAAAUACGCAUAUCUAUCCUUUAUGGAACAAUAUAUAUUUAUAAAAGAAGUUAUGAACAUUUCGUAAUAGUUGAGUCAAUAAAUAAAAUAUGGAAUCAAAUUACUUCUAGGAUGAUCACUAAAUAAAGGAUGACUUUAACGAAAAACCUUAUUGAUCUAAUCAUCAUCCUAAGAUUGACUUGA